AUGUUCUUUACUGCCCGCCCAUGCCACAACAAGCAGCCUGUUCAAACCAGCAACAAGGGAAAGGUGGAGGGGGUAAAGGGGAGGCCCAUGAAAUGGGGGACCCAUAAGGGCCCUACUUGCCCCCACCCCCUCCCUCACAGUUUGCACCAAUUAAGACGUCGGUGGGCAUGUCUCUGCCGCCGCCGCCCUCCUCCGUUCGACGAGCAGCAUAACUGCUCGUCCCUGCCGCCGCCGCCUUCCUCGUUUUUGCCGCCGCUGCCCUCCUCCGUUCGACGAGCAUAUGCUGUAAUGCCUCAACCUCUCCGUCAGGGGGUAAAGGUCCGCCGCCAUCGAUCUUUCGACGCCGGCGGGCAUGUCUCUGCCGCCGCCGCGGCCCUCCUCUGUUCGACGAGCAGCUUAUACUGCUCAUCUCUGCCGCCGCGGUCCUCCUCCGUUCGCCCUCCUCUGCUUGACGAGCAGCUUAUGCGGCUCAUCUCUGCCACCGCCGCCCUCCUCUGUUCGACGAGCAGGCUGGUCGUCUCUGCCGCCGCCGCCUUUGACAACAACGAGCAGCAGGACCCUGCUGCUCGGUAUCUCCAACGUCCCCGUCGCCACUUAACCCAUCGACGACCAGCGACCAGCAGCUGCUGGUUGUCGCGUCUCCCCCGCCUCCUCCUCUUCUUCUUUUGCCUAUCAAUCCCUGCCGCUGCCGCUUCAAUCCCUAACGCCCCGCCGCCGCCGCCCCAUUGUAGUCGGCGUCCAACCAAAUCGCCGCCAGCGCCCAUCCCAACAAGGCCUCCGCCUUCACCACUGCCGCUGCCGCCGCCGGUACCCAUCCGUUUGACAACGAACAGUAGCGUCGCUGAUCUACUUCCCCUUCCCUAA